AUGUUAAAUACUGGUGUUAACAACUGUUUUAAAGUGAUAAGCGGUCUGGCGGACCGCACCAUACCAUCUACGAUAAAUGACCCGAACUUUCAGAACAUUAUAUCAGACAUAUUAGCUGAAGAUUGUUCAGACGUAAGUGAUGAUGUUCAUGAUAAUAUGUGUAUUGAUAGUGAUCAUAACUCCGAAUCGGAACAAAAUGUAAGUGAAUCAGAUGAAAGUGAGACAGACAGUAAUACUGAUAAUGGCGAUGACAUUAGACCAUCAAAAUUCCUAUAUGGUAAAAAUAAAUUUAAAUGGUCGGUUGAGGAGUUCGCGUCUAAAAAUACAAGAACUGCUCGACAUAAUAUCAUUACUAAACUUCCUGGACUGCGUGGCCCAAUUAAACAAUUUGGUGAUACCGCUCGUCCUUCUGAAAUUUGGAAUAUUUCAUUUACUGAAAAUAUAAUAAAUGAAAUAUUGGUUUGGACAAACAUAAAAAUUGAUAGUUUUCGUCAUAAAUAUAAAAAUCAUAUGCAAAGUUUCCUAAAAAAUGUAGACGAAGUUGAGCUAAGGUCAUUGUUUGGUUUGCUAUUUUACUCAGCUGUAUUCAAAUCAAAUCAUGAAAAUGCAAACACCUUAUUUGCAACUGACGGAACAGGACGUGAAAUUUUUCGUCUGGUCAUGAGUAAAAAACGGUUUUUAUUUUUAAUUUCAUGUUUACGUUUCGAUAAUUCUGAUACUAGGACUGAAAGAAAAGAACACGAUCCACUCGCACCAAUUUCUGAAAUUUUUAAUGAAUUUAUUGAAAACUGUAAAUUGAAUUACUCUUUGAGUUCAUGUGUUACCGUGGAUGAGAUGUUAGUAAGUUUUCGUGGUAGAUGUAAAUUUAAAAUGUAUAUACCUAAUAAACCAGCUAAAUACGGGUUAAAAAUAAUGUGCUUAACUGAUUCGCGCAGUCACUAUUUAUUUAACGCAUACAUUUACGCCGGACAAAAUACUGAUGGACUUACCUUAGAUCAUACAGAAAGAAAGUUUUCUAAGCCUACACAAUCAGUUUUACGGUUGUCAAAACCAAUACAAGGGACCAACCGUAAUGUAACUGCAGAUAAUUGGUUUAGUUCCAUAGAACUUGUUGAACUUUUAAAAAAGAAAAAAUUAACAUAUGUUGGUACAUUAAAAAAAAAUAAACGUGAAAUACCUCAAGCUUUUCUACCAAAAAAGAAAAGUACAGUUGGCUUUACUCAAUAUGGAUUUACAAAAGAUCUUACACUUUUAUCGUACGUGCCAAAACCAAAUAAAGCAGUGUUAGUAAUCUCAUCGAUGCACAAUCAAAAAGGGUUUGACAAUGAUGUCCAAAAACCUGAAAUCAUUUCUUAUUAUAAUAGUACAAAAGGAGGCGUUGAUGCAUUGGACGAAAAAUGUUCUAUUUAUUCUACUGGGCGUCGUACUCGUCGUUGGCCGUUAGCAAUUUUUUACAGACUUCUUGAUGUUUCUUCUGUUAAUUCGUAUGUCUUAUAUAAUUCUUUUAAAAAUAACGAAACAAUGACAAGAGCCGAUUAUUUAAAGAGUUUAGCGUUUGAACUUGUGAGUCCAGAAUUAGAAAGACGCUUUGAAAAUACAUGUAUCUCACGUGAAAUAAGAAGUGGAAUUAGAAGAGUUCUCGGUAAAUCAAAAAACUUAAAAGAUACGCCAGUGUACGAAGACAAGCUGGAAUCACGAAAAACGUGUCGAAUAUGUCCUCCUAAGAAGAAAAGGAAAACUAUUUAUCAAUGUAAACUCUGUGGGGAUCCCAUAUGUCUUGAGUGCAGCAGAAAAAUUUGUUCAAAUUGUUUCAGAAACUAA